AUGUCUGAUCCUAUUAAUGCCAACCCCACGGUGCUAGAUGUGUCUGAGUUACCUAAAAGACAAGACACGUCUACUAAGAACAGUGCCAGUCCUCAUGAUAAGUUGGUAGAGACGAUACUUGGACUUUCACUAGAUUCCGAUUCAGAAGCAGAUGAAGCCAGUAAAGAUGAUGAUAUUGAUAAUGAUGGAGAGCUUGGUAAUAAAUUAGAAUAUAAAUACGAUGACGAUGAUGAUGAGGACGAAGAUAUUGAUUCUCAGGAGAUCUUUGAUUUGAUAGCCACUAUUAAUGACCCUGAACAUCCAUUAACAUUAGCUCAAUUGGCAGUAGUGAAUUUAUCAGAUAUCACUGUUACUCAAGGAGCAGACAAGACCAAAGAUUUAAGUGAGGUCUUGAUUAAGAUCACUCCCACUAUCACACACUGUUCGCUUGCAACAUUAAUUGGGUUAGGAAUCAGAGUACGGCUUGAGAGGUGUUUACCUCCGAGAUUCAGAAUAAGAAUUCUCAUUAAGGAAGGAACCCACCAAUCAGAGAACCAAGUGAAUAAGCAGUUGAAUGAUAAGGAAAGAGUAGCUGCGGCGUGCGAGAAUGAACAGUUAUUAAGUGUUAUACUGCAAAUGUUAGCCAACUGUUAG